AUGCCCCUCUACGUCUGCUACUGCCCCGACUACUCUGACAACCUCGAGACGCGCCUGAGCGUGCGUGAGGCUCACCUCGCGGCUGCGGCAGAGGACAAGAAGACGGGUGCUAGCGUCUUCGGCCGCGCGUUCCUCGACGACUCGGUGGCCACCAAGGAGGCCGGGAAGCCGGCCGACCAGCUUCCCGGCAUGGCGGGGAGCGUCAUGAUCCUCCGCUUCCCGACGAUCGACGAGGCGUGGGCACGCAUCAAGGCUGACAAGUACUGGACCGCCGGGGUGUGGGACAAGGAAAAGGUGGUUGUGCGCGAGAUCAUUGGCGCGCCAGUCGACGACACAAUCAAGAUCCAGUAG